UCGGUGAGCAGCUUUUGGCAAUCGACUGCAAUUCUCUAAAAGGACGCAAUGCCAAUAAGAAACCACUGUAAGGGGUAUCGCACUGCAAUCGGCAUAAACUCUUUUACGUAUGAUGCCAUCAAACGCGUGGGCGUAUGAAUUGUUUGAUUAUAUACAGAUGUUCGUUUAUUUUCUGACCAUGAAAACAACGUGAAUCGUUGUUAACACGCAAAUCUCGAGGAUUCACGUUUUCAUGAUAAUCUUUGUUAAUAAAUCGGAACCUAUGAUAUUGCCUUCCAAACGUAUCUUAAUACGUUAACUGGGUAGACUUGACUUUUUAAAUGCGCAAGUUACAGCCUUGGCUUAAGUAAUACCUUAGGCAAAACCUUACGUAGGCAUUAUUAAAUUUUUACAUUAACGUAAUGACCGUUAACGUAAGAAUAAUAGGAUUGCGAUUGUGUUCUAUCAAUCGCGAUAGAUUGCGUCAGAGAUUCGGGAUUUGUUUCGCAAAGUGUCUAACGCGCAAUGGAUCUCAAUUAAGCAUCACCGUAUAGCGUCUUCGGGCUGACAGAUGAUUGGUAAUGAUCCAUUAACGCUAUUAAAAAUGUGGGACAAUGUCUCUCAGCGAAGCUAUUAAUUAGUUUACGAACGCUCAGUAUAACAUUUUCAUCGGUAGAGUAAGCUGACAAACGUGUCUCCUCGAUAAUCAAAUCGCCAAUUGUCAGCGAUAUUUAUUUCAAUAUCAUCAAACUCCUUUACGCAUUAGAAAAACCUCAUUACGUAUAAUCAUCAUGUGGGACAACGAUGAUAUGGAAGAAAUUGAUCUCAGCAAGGAUCAACUUAAACACCUUCGUAUGGCAUUCGACACUUUUGAUCCCGAAAAGAAAGGUGCGAUUGAAACCUCGAUGGUUCCAACGAUUUUGGAAAUGUUAGGGCACGAAGUUAGAGGUGUUAAUUUGCAAGAAAUGAUCGCAACCUACGACUUAUGGGGAACGGGCGAGUUGAAAUUCGAUGAAUUCUCCAAAUUAGCAUCUCGUUUUAUGGAAGAGGAUAUGGACACGGAAGCCAUGAAGGAGGAACUUAGAGAAGCUUUCCGAAUUUACGACAAGGAAGGAAACGGUUAUAUCACUACCGAUGUCUUCAGAGACAUUCUUCAUGAGCUGGAUGACCAACUAUCCCCGGAGGAACUUGACAUGAUUAUAGAAGAGGUGGACACUGAUGGAUCUGGCACGCUCGACUUCGAAGAAUUCAUGGAGGUCAUGACGGGAUAAAUUAUGAGCUUCUCGCCCGAAUUAGCAGUUAAGUCCUACCAAUGCGGUCGAGGAAGAAACGUCGUGUCAAGUGUACAGAUAGGGACGAGCACGAUUUAUUAUAGUUGUGUGCGAAAAUGUCUGGUUAUUCGAGUGCGUGCGUGUGUGUGCGUAUGUGUGUGUGCGUGCGUGCGUGCGUGCGUGCGUGCGUGCGUAUGAGUAUGUACGUUCAGCAGCACGUUCCUUGGGCAAACCCAUUAUAUAAAGUUCGAUUCUACAUGGAAAAAGUUUGCGCCUUUGAUUAUUUAGGAUUGAUUGUAGGAUCUUUUGACAAGGUCCUCUUAGAAGAUUAUGAACUCGUUAGAAAUUGUAUCGUCUUGGUGCAUUUAAUGAAGUUGAAAUUUGCCGAAAUUAUUAUAUACAGUUUGCUCGGGAAACGUGUGGAAUACGCGAAACAAUCAUCAUAUAUGUACCUACAGUAUGAAUAUAUUUUCAACUAAUGUGAAUUUUCGAAUUUAUUUGAAAAAAUAUGUGUAAAUUUGAAAAAAUUUAAUAAAGAGAAAAAUCGUAAAUCGUAAAGCAUUACCGCCGGCUGUCCUUGAUUAAGGACAAUUUACACGAUAAUGGAUAGUAAUAUGGAUAUACAGAAUACAAUAAUAUAAUACCUCCUUUAUAGACAUAUGUAUAUUAUAUUCAUGUAUAUGGUAAUAUAUAUGAAUUUUUUCUUGU